UUUUUUUUUUUUUUUUUUUAGCAUUUCGGCCCUGCGUUACGAUCACACCGCCACUUUCCGAUUGAACAUCCCACUCUCCUUUAUCAUUGGUGCCUUCUGUGAGUGGGGAUGGGCACAGUUCUGCUGGAGCGAGUGCCACAACAAUGCCAGGAGAAGGUCUCCAUCAGGGAGAGGGGCUGCAAGAAGAAGGCGGCGUGGAGCAACAACAGGCCUAAUGUGGACAGCAACAGAAUGGGUAGGCGGCAGUCACAAAGGAAGCCCCAGCUGCCCCAGUAUUCAUCCCCAAGUCAGGAAAAUAAUAAUGAGAAGAGGCUGCAGCAGAGAAGAAAGCACAAGCCCCACACCCCCUCGACCAAACGCAAAACCUCUCAUCAAAGUGCUCAGGCAACCUCGGAGUCAAAAUCCCAAACGUCAUCCCCCGGAGAGAAAAGUAUGGAGCCAGCGGUGCAGCCUGCCGCUCAGCGCUGCAGCCACAGAGAACACAAGCACAGCGGCUACAGAGGGAGCAGACACACACCGGCCUUUCCCUGCCAUCGCCCGUCUGCGCCAACUCCGGCAGACGUGCUAAACAGCCUUUCGCUUAACUCGGAGGUCUCCGGUAUGAGCGGCUAUGACGACGGCGACAGUGACGCCGACUUGUCCGAGUCUGAGAGACUUCCUGUGUCGCCGUCUCGCUGGGACCCUCCGCAGCUUGAGCUGAGACCGGAAGUCAUCGAGGACGAAAAGCGCUCGUCUCGCAUCCACAGGCCGAGAGGACGCGGCGACGGGGGUUUUGACUUCCCUGACUUCCUCCCUCCUCCGUUCAACUCGUGGAGCCUCAGUCAGCUGGCCGUCUUCUACAACAUGGAGGGCCGCGGGGGCCCUCGACCCAGAGCUGUGGGCCCCUUGGAGAGGUACUUGGAAAGGCUGCUGCAGCUCGAGUGGUGUCAGAUUCAGACUGUGCAGGAGGAGAGCGGGAAGUCAGCGGCGUCGGAGGUGAUAUCCGGCUGCCACAGGUCGCCUGCUGCUGCUGCCACCUCACGCCUCAGCUCUCCUAAGUGCAUCCUCCAAAGUCAGCGUGCCUUCCCCCUCACUUUACUCUCAUCUCUGGCCAGCCACUCUGCCCUGCUAUCCGGCUGUGCCUGCACUCUCUGCCGAAUCCGCUACGCCGCCUCUUGUGGGACGUCAUGCUGCCACCCCACACACAGCCACACUCGUCAGUCCAGGCUAAGUCCGACGCUGGAGCAAAGGGGGCCGACCUCGCUUCCCAAAAGGAGCUACAGCGAGAGCCGGGCGCAGUCAUCCGAGAGGAGCUCGGGUUCCCGAGCGCAGAGAUUCGGCAGUCCGACGGGGACCAACAGCCACCUGAGGAGAAUGCAAGCCUCAGGAAACCUCCGGACCUCCGCUCAAGGUGCUAACAUGAAGCCUCAUUCCACGCCCAGAGACUGCAGCGUUUGGGGCCCCUUUGGAGCGCUGUGGGACGUGUGGGACUACAGGACCGCGGGGUUCAGGAGGAGGAGCGGUUCAGAGCAGAGAAGAAGCGGCGCGGAGAGAACGCAAGGUGCAGCGGAGAAAAGGCGGAGCGGUUCUGAGUGCAGAAGAGGAGGAGCCGAGUGCAGGAAAACAUCCGGGGUCAAGGAUCAGGAGAUUAAACCAGAUGCUGUCACUGCAAUAAUGGACAAUUUACCGGGGAAAAUGUCUCCAAUGACCAGAUCAAACCGACCAAAACAGGUUGAAUUUGUUACAUAAUAGCAACUUGAGUAUAAAGGCGUAAACAUAACGGCAGAGUGGCAGACUUUUUUUUUUAUCAGAAUGUAUGAUUUCAGUCAUUUUCUUGAUUUUGAAAAGUUUAACAGAAAGUGGAGCAGGAGUGUAUUUUUUCAUUGGAGGAUGUGAAGUGUCACAGGAG